UGAAGUUGAAGAAUUCAGGUAAAUUGUGUGGUGGAUGUCCAAGAAAGGGAUAUUUGGGCCGAGUUGACAGCUAAAUUUCUAGGUUCUGAUUGGACGUUUGCUGCAACUGCCAUGUUUUUAAAAACUAAUUGCAUAAAUUGGGAAAGAGCCUGCUGUGUUAAGUCGUGCAAUCAAUGGGCAGUGGAGUCACUUCAGGACCAAGCAAGGGCCUAAAAAACUCCAAGCUUGGGGCCUGCAGCCAAUCAUGACGACCCCUCUGACAGCGACUUCGUUAACUACAAUUCACAACUUCCCUUCACUCACUGACUAUUUGCUGGUGAGUCUGAUUUGAAAAUUGGGGUUAAAAACGAAAAGACAAACAUCAUGACCGAAGCGGCGAUUGACACUCGCUAUCUGUCGGCCGGCGCAAACAGGUAUGCCGCUGCCGCUGACUGGGGAGAAAAUGGCCUGGUGGCAUUUGGCGCAGACAUCAACGUCUGCCUCUGGAAUCCUUCGAACACAGUUGGUAUCUCCCAGAUUCUGAGUGGCCAUACAGCUCAUGUACGGGCCGUCAAGUUCCUUCCAAGGUUGCAAGAUGAGAAGUCAACUUACCUAGUAAGCGGAGGUGACGACCAAAGCCUUCGGGUCUGGGCCGUCAACGGCGAGACGGGUGCCGCAACAUGUGUCCAAACCCUGCAGGAACACACGGCCCCUAUCAACUACCUCGCAGCUCUCAAGAUUCCCGUUGGCAGCACCAAGCGUCGUAUUUUCGUCUCGGGCGCAGCAGACUCUACCGUCAAGGUUUGGUCUUUGGAUGUCUCAUCCGGCCAAGUCACUCUCCUUCAAACUAUCAAGACUGCUAAGAAGUACUUUCCCUUGGCCCUUGCCUUGAGCCCCUUGAACGACGAGGGAACUGCUCUCAUUCUGGCUGUUGCCGGAACCACAAACAUCAUCCAGAUCUUCACUGCCUCGACAACAGACGACACACAACUCGAAUUCACCCCUCAAGCCACCCUCCCAGGCCACGAGAACUGGAUCCGAUCUCUUGAUUUCAUCCGCGAAAAGCCAAAGUCCGAAGCCGAGAGCGACAUUCUUCUUGCUUCAGCCAGUCAGGACAAGUACAUCAGGAUAUGGCGUAUUCACCAAGGCAGUGCGCUGUCUAUGCCCACCUCGGCCGCCUCAGAUGCUUCUGCUGCUGCUGCCGCCCUGACUCCGGGCCCGGCCAACAAGAUCCACAAAAUCAAGGUCGAGGGAGCUGAUCCCGCUACCAACAAAUACUGUAUAAUGUUUGAGGCUCUGCUCCUCGGUCACGAAGACUGGAUCUACACCGCGCGCUGGUGCCGCUCUCCUACCUCCACCACCUCCGACAGCGGCGAGGGCACCCUCCAGCUUCUCUCGGCUUCAGCAGACAACUCGCUCUCGAUCUGGGAGUCCGACUCAGAGUCAGGUAUCUGGAUCACCGUCGCCCGUCUCGGCGAGGUCAGUCGCGAGAAGGGCGCCACCACGGCAACCGGCAGUAUCGGCGGCUUCUGGACCGGCAUGUGGUCGCCCUCCGGCACGACCGUCAUCACCCUCGGCCGCACCGGCAGCUGGCGUCGCUGGGACUGGGACAACGACGACCAAGCGUGGAAGCAGAACUUUGCCGUAUCCGGGCACACCCGAGCCGUGACCGGCAUCUCGUGGUCCCGCAACGGCGUCUACCUCCUCUCCACCAGCUCCGACCAAACCACCCGCCUCCACGCCGAAUGGGCUGCCACCAACCCUUCUCAAAACACCAGCACGAGCAAGCGCACCUGGCACGAGAUGGCCCGCCCCCAAAUCCACGGCUACGACCUCAACUGCAUCGACUCGCUCUCCUCGACCUCGUUCGUCUCCGGCGCCGACGAGAAGCUCAUGCGCGUCUUCACCGAGCCCAAAGCCGUCGCCCGCAUGCUCACCCGGCUAACGGGCACUUCUUCGGCUCUCUCCUCCUCCGACUUCGACUCCCUCCCCGCCGACGCCGCCAACAUCCCCGUUUUGGGGCUCUCGAACAAGGCCAUCGACGUAAUCGACGACGACGCCGACGCCUCCGCCGCCGCUGGCGGUCCUCAGGAUGGUGGUGGUGGCCGCGGUGGGGACGUGACGAUGCAAGACCGCGAGAACAUGCUCGACCCAGCGAGCAUGGUGCGCAAGUCGGCGUUGGAAAUCGAUCACCCUCCUUUUGAGGAAUCACUCAGCCGUCACACCCUCUGGCCCGAAGUCGAAAAACUGUACGGACACGGUUACGAAAUCUCGUGUCUUGCCGUCUCCCACCCUUCUUCUUUUUCUUCUCUAUCAUCUGGCUCAUCUGGCGAGAAACAGAAACAAAAAGAAACCCACCUCGUAGCCUCAGCCUGCCGCGCCGCCUCGCUCAACCACGCCGUCAUCCGCCUCUUCGAAACAGACAAGUGGACCGAACUGCGCCCGCCCCUCAAGGCGCACACCUCCACCAUCCACCGCCUGCGCUUCUCUUCCGACAACCAAUAUCUCCUGUCCGUGGGCAAAGAUAGGCAGUGGGCCGUCUUCCAGCGCGAUUCCGACUCCAACUCCAGCGGCGCAGGAUACAGUCUGCUCCAGCUGAAUCCCAAGGGUCAUAGCCGCAUGAUUUUGGAUGCGGCGUGGGCGCCUAAGAGCAGCUCUUCCUCUGGAGAGGGGGGUGUGGACGUGUUUGCGACGGCGGGUAGAGAUAAAGCGGUCAAGAUCUGGGUUAGGAAGCCCAGCAAGCCUUCUUCUUCUUCUUCUUCUCAGCAACAAGAAGGGGAAGAAGAAAAGAAGGAAGAAAAGUUUACUUUGGGUUUGUCUCUAACCGAAGACCAACCUAUUACGGCGCUGGAUUUUGCUUCGGAGCCUUUGAGUGUUACCGAGAAUGGUAGUAGCAGUACCUUCCUGCUGGCCGUGGGCACGGAGAGCGGUAAGCUAUCGGUAUUGGCGAUCAAGGUUAGCGGGGAUGGCUCGGAGGUGAGCGUGGCGGAGACGUAUCAAGUUGGGGAGCAGUUGUGGUUGCCGAAGGCGGUGAUGCAACUUGCUUGGAGGCCGAGGGUGAGGAAGGGUGGUGAUGAUGACGGUGAUGAGGGUGAGAAGCAGCAGGCGAGGGAGUUGGCUAUUGCUGGUGAGGAUGGGUCGUUGAGGAUAUAUGAGAUUUCUCUGUAGAGGGAGGUAGUUUGGGCGCAAAAGGGAGGAUAGAAAAAAAUCAUACUGGUAUUAUGUUGGUACCUGAUUUGAACACAGGGAGGGGCCUACGAGUGAGUGACAUGAAGUGGUUGAAUGCUCAAUGCCCGGCGGAAACAAAGUCUCCUUUAUGACUCCAAGUGGGACUGGCUGGCACCGCAUGUCGAUGAAGAGACGAUGACAAGGUUGCCAGUAACAAAUCCGCUUCUAUGACACCCAUCAAAGAUCUGAG